CUCGAGGACAACCCGUACUUCUCCGCCGGCUUUGCGCUCGGCGUGGCGGGCACCGGCCUCGCCGCGGCUCGCGGCGCCGGCCGCGGCGCCCUGACGCUGGCGCAGCGGCACCUGCUCGUGACGCUCGAGGUGACGUCGAAGGACAAGUCGUACCCGUGGGUGCUGCACCGCCUGUUUGGCGGCGGCGGCGGCGGCGGCGGCGCUCUGCGGCAGCACGUGUCGGUGGAGACGGUGGUGGAGCGGCUGGCGAACGGCAAGGUGGAGACGCGGUUCGAGUUCCUGCCCUGCCCCGGCCGCCACGUCCUUCGCUACAACGGCAGCCUGCUCAUGGUUGAGAGGCAGAGGGAGCAGCAGACCGUCGAUUUCCAGACGGGCCAGCCGUGGGAGUCGGUGCGGCUGACUGCGCUGGGUCGUUCGCCGACCCUCUUCAGCGAGCUACUCGCAGAGGCGCAGGCGCGCGCCGACUCGAAGCGCGACACGUCGCCGCGACCUUUCCGAGACACGUCGCCGCGACCUUUCCGAGACACGUGGCGGCCGUUCGGGCAGCCGCGCCGCCGGCGGCCCCUCGCCUCCGUCGUGCUCGAUCAAGGCAUCGCGGAGCACAUCCUCAACGACGUGACCGAGUUCAUCUCCCCGCAGGAGUGGUACGUCUCGCGCGGCAUCCCCCUUCCACGCGCCACCGUCCACAACUCAGGCCCGCCCGGCUCGGGCAAGUCCUCCUUCGUCGCCGCGCUGGCGGGGCACUUGGGGUACGACAUCUGCGUGCUCAACUUGGCCGAGCCAGGCGGGCCUCACCUCGGAUCACCUCGGCUGACCGACGAUCGCCUCUCGCACGCCCUCACGCACGCACCCGCCGGCUCGCUGGUGCUGCUCGAGGACCCUGCUCGGCCCUUCCAACAGGACCGCGACCCGACGGACCGCCGCUCCUCCUUCGCAACCUUCUCCGGCCUUCUCAACGCGCUCGACGGCGUCGCCGCCGGAGAGGAGCGCCUGCUCUUCAUGACGACGAACCACAUCGAGAGG